AUGGUUCUCGCACAGUUAGGUGGGAGCAUUUCGCGUGCUCUUCAGCAGAUGAGCAAUGCCACAAUCAUCGAUGAAAAAGUUCUCAACGAAUGUCUCAAUGAAAUCACUCGCGCUCUUCUCCAAUCGGAUGUUCAAUUCAAGCUCGUCCGUGACAUGCAGACCAAUAUCAAGAAGAUUGUCAAUCUCGAUGAUCUCGCUGCUGGUCAUAACAAACGCAGAAUCAUCCAACAGGCUGUGUUCAAUGAACUCUGCAAUAUCUUGGAUCCUGGAAAGCCCUCUUUUGCUCCCAAAAAAGGAAAAGCUAGUGUUGUCAUGUUCGUUGGUUUACAAGGAUCUGGGAAAACCACUACCUGUACAAAAUAUGCAUUUUAUCAUCAAAAGAAAGGCUGGAAGCCAGCUUUAGUAUGCGCUGAUACAUUCAGAGCUGGUGCGUUUGAUCAGUUGAAGCAAAAUGCAACUAAAGCUAAGAUCCCUUUCUAUGGAAGCUAUAUGGAGUCAGAUCCUGUGAAAAUUGCCGUGGAAGGUGUCGAAAGAUUCAGGAAAGAAAACUGUGAUCUUAUAAUUGUUGAUACUAGUGGGCGGCACAAACAAGAAGCUGCUCUUUUUGAAGAAAUGCGUCAAGUUUCUGAAGCAACGAAACCAGAUCUUGUUAUCUUUGUUAUGGAUAGCAGUAUCGGUCAGGCUGCUUUUGAUCAGGCUCAAGCAUUUAAACAGAGUGUUGCAGUUGGAGCUGUCAUCAUCACUAAAAUGGAUGGCCAUGCAAAGGGUGGUGGUGCACUUAGUGCUGUUGCGGCUACAAAGAGUCCUGUCAUAUUCAUUGGAACUGGAGAACACAUGGAUGAAUUUGAAGUUUUUGAUGUUAAACCAUUUGUCAGUCGUCUAUUAGGCAUGGGAGACUUGUCUGGGUUCAUGGACAAAAUCCAUGAAGUUGUUCCUAUGGAUCAACAACCUGAACUGCUUCAAAUGCUGUCCGAAGGACACUUUACCUUGAGGAUUAUGUACGAGCAGUUUCAGAAUAUUCUUAAAAUGGGUCCCAUUGGCCAGGUUUUUUCUAUGCUACCCGGAUUUAGUUCUGAAUUAAUGCCAAAAGGUCGCGAGAAGGAAAGCCAGGCAAAAAUUAAGCGGUACAUGACAAUGAUGGACUCGAUGACAAAUAAAGAGUUAGAUAGUUCAGACCCAAAGCUCAUGAAUGAAUCAAGAAUGAUGCGAAUAGCUCGAGGUUCUGGUCGGCAAGUUAGGGAAGUAAUGGAGAUGAUGGAAGAGUACAAACGUCUUGCAAAGAUAUGGAGCAAAAUGAAAGGGCUUAAAAUACCCAAGAAGGGAGAAAUGAGUGCCUUAUCUCGAAAUAUGAAUGCCAACCACAUGAGCAAAAUCCUCCCUCCACAGAUGCUAAAGCAAAUCGGAGGUAUGGGUGGGUUACAAAGCUUGAUGAAACAGAUGGGAUCUUCUAAGGACAUGAUGGGAAUGUUUGGUGGCGGUGAUAAGUAG